AUGGAAGUAGAAACACUCACUCUCAGUCUCAGUCCACUCUUCCUCCCCACUCUCAUCAUCAUCCUCUUCCUAACCACCAUCCUCCUGAAGCAAAAGCUGGCCCACGCUACUCCCGGCCCAACACUGCCACCAGGCCCAACGAAGCUGCCCAUAAUCGGAAACCUCCACCAGCUGGCCUUCUCCUCCCUGCUCCCUCACCGCCGCUUCCGCGACCUGGCCCAGCAGCACGGGCCCGACGGCCUGAUGCACCUCCAGAUCGGCGAGACGUCGAACGUCGUCGUUUCAUCCCCCGAAAUCGCCCAAUUGUUCAUGAAAACCCACGACCUCAACUUCGCCACCAGGCCCAUCGUCCAGUCCGCGAGCAUCAUCCUGUACAACCACAGAGACGUCGCGUUCGCACCCUACGGCGAGUAUUGGCGCCAGAUGCGGAAGAUCUGCACGCUCGAGCUCAUGAGCACCAAGCGCGUGGGCUCGCAGCGGCCCAUAAGGGAGGAGGAGGUCCGCAAGGCGAUGGUGGGCUCGAUCCGGCCCGGUGAGAUCGUGAACUUGGGCCGGAUCCUGGGCUCGCUGGUCUGCAAGAUUAUUUGGCGGGCCGCGUUCGGCGGGGUGGAGGCCCGUGAGAUGGAGGAAGCGUUUUUCUCGGUCCAGCAUCGGAUCGUGCAGGCCCUUGGAGAGCUCAGUCUGAGGGACGUUUUUCCGUCCAGCUGGGUUUUGAGGAUGGUCGCCGACAGGAAUGAUAGACGGCUGAAGAAGCUCCAUGCUGAAUCUGAUACCAUACUCCAAGAAAUCAUUGAUGCACAUGUAUCCAGAAGGAGAUCUGACGUUGAUCGUGCAACUGGUGGUGGUGAUGAUCAGGAUCUCGUCGACGUGCUGCUGAAUUUCACUCGUGAUAAGGCCGUCGCCACCGGCGAGUUCUCGGUCACCGAUUUUGAGAUCAAAGCAGUCAUCACUGACAUAUUCUUCGGUGGGACCCAUACGUCCUCUGUCACCAUAGAAUGGGUCAUGUCUGAACUGAUGAGGAACCCAGAAGAGAUGGAAAAGGCACAAAAAGAGGUUAGACGAGUGUUUGACGGAAAAGGAAAGGCAGUAGAUGAAGCGAGCAUUGAUGAGCUGCACUACAUGAAGCUGAUCGUGAGAGAGACUCUGAGAUUGCACCCGCCGCUUCCGUUGUUGGUUCCGAGAGAGAGCCGAGAGACGAUCGUGAUCAAAGGGUACCAGAUACCUGCAAAAACGAAGGUGGCGAUAAAUGCGUGGGCGAUCGGUCGAGAUCCCGCGUACUGGAUCGAGCCGGAUAAAUUUAUGCCCGAAAGAUUUGUCAACAGUCCCGUUAACUAUAACGGCGAUGACUUCCAGCUCCUCCCAUUUGGAGCUGGGAGAAGAAUGUGCCCUGGCGUGAAGACCGGGAUGGCUAUUGUCCAUCUUGCAGUCGCGAAUUUGCUCUAUCACUUUGAUUGGAAGCUUCCAAAUGAAAUGAAACCCGAAGAUCUCGACAUGACCGAAGUGUUUGGGAUUGUAGUUGGAAGAAAAAAUGAUUUGCAUCUCAUUCCCACCCCUUACCGUGCACCCUAA